AUGGCCCUGCACAACGAUUUGCUGGCGCCAUUCGAGAAUGCUGCGCUGCCAGGCAAAGCCGACGAGGAAGCCAUUCGGCGCCUAGAGGCUCUUGAACUUACAUACAAAGCAAAAGAGGCAGAGGCGUUUCUUGAGAGAGUCGAGGAAGUCCAUGAAACAAUUCAGGGCCUUAUUGACGGGUCCAUCGAUGCCGCCGAACUGGAGCGCCAAGAAGAAAGGGAGAAAUGGCGUGAGCGAGCGAAGCAAAUCAACAAGGAGGAAGAAGCUGCUCGGGCACGAGAGGCGCUUUUGAUGGGGCGAGAAGGAAAGGGGGAAAACAAGAAGCGGCCGUACACUUUCUUUUGUCGAGCGUGUCUCGUGGAGUUUACGCUGCCUUCGAUGACUCAGUGCACUCGGUGCGGUCGGCCCGUGUUGAGCAGGGAAGCUCGCCUGGCGCAGCUGGAGGAGAAAGUGGAACUUUUCAAGGAGGAGAAAGCGAAACAUCUGACGAGGAAAGCUCGAUGGAAACAGUGGCUCAACACGAGGAAGUUUGUGCGGAAGACGAAAGUGAUCCACUACCAAACAUGGGAAAUGUGGGAGCCUUCGACAGAUGAAGACGAGAAGGGAAAUGCAUCUGCAAUCACCCCUUCGGACGACCCCGCUUUCCAAGCGCUGGAAAAAGACCUACACGCGAACCAGAAGCAACGGCAAGACCGCAGGAGCGCAGCUCUCCGGUGCAAAGAACGAGGAAAUCUUCUGCUAAAGAAAGGCGACCUCCUCGGUGCUCUUGACGCCUACGAAGAAGGCCUGGAGCACAGACGUGAUUUGAAGGAAUUGUGGACGAACAAGGCCCUGGUUCUUCUAAAACUCAGAAAAUAUGAAGAAGUUUGCCAAGCGGUCACCACACUUCUCGAAUAUUGCAAAAUUUUCGAAGACGGAUAUGAAAAGUCAGCACCCAUUUGCUUCAAGGCUCUCUGCAGACGCGCCCUGGCAUGCCGCGCCAUGUAUCGUUGGGAGGAGGCACUCUCAGACAUGAGGCGGGCAGUGUCGCUGUGCCCCGGUGACCGGGAAGCUCGAAACCUUCUUAGGGAGACAGAGCUGCACGUCAGGCAGUGCAACGACCUCUAUACCAUUCUCGACGAAAAAGAUCAUAAACGUGCCGAGGCAGUACAUCCAACUGUCGACCCGUCAGAGCAUCCUGCUUCCCCUUCUUGCACACCUACUCGCUCUUCUUCUACUUCUGGUUCUUCUCGCUCCUCGUCGCCGCCAGGCUACACAGAUCACUAUGACAAACAAGAGCCAUCUUCAAAAGUGGGCAGCAUGCCAGCUGCCAGCGAGGGACCUCAGCAGACCUUCUUGCACAGAACAGGUGACGACGACGAGGAGAAACUCAAAAACGAACAAGCGGAUGGACCACCAUGUGCGUACGCGGAGCGAGACGGAACGCGCGACGCAGAAGGAGACUUUCAAGAGCAAUGCAUUGCCGCGGAAAGCAAGAACAGUGGCUCAGGACAUACAGCAAACACGGUAGACGACGCAACACUUCAAGUGCCCGUGGACGACAAUUUGAACACUACUGGAUACGAGGUCGUUGAGCCACCUGUGACUGCGAACCCAGAUUGCGUCUCGACCCCUGCGCCUUCUGCAAAGGUCCUUGUCACCUCCUCUCUCCGUCCCGUCCCACAGAACGAAACUGCAUGCUCUGGGUCUCCUCUGAAACGCGGAAAAGAAAACAGAGGUUUCUUCUCCCUCACUGACGCUCGUCAUAUCCCGUCGUCUUCGUCGUCUUCUUCGUCUUUUGCUCUCCGUCUUUCCCCAGGUUCAAGCUCGUCCUCACUUCCGAAGGACGCCCCGUCAGCUUCUGUCGAAGAAACUCGGUCGUCUCUGUGUCGCCUGAACGAGAGCGUGGGCCAGGUGCUGAGGACAAACCACACUUUUUCAUCUAUCUCCGACCCUCUCGUCCAGGAGGCCUUGAGCGUUCUGCAAAAAUGCCCUGCUGCUCGAAUGUGGUUCUGGUGCUAUCCGCUCUCUCUUUCUCCUCCUGCAUGCAAAGAACCCGUGGAACACGUGCAGAGCUCCACUUCUAAAAUCAACGAGGAAGGACAAGGAGACAACAGAGAGGAGGGAGGAGACAACAGAGCAGGGCGGAAAGGAGAUAACACCGUCGGAAAGGAAGGAGUAGACACAGGUGCAGGAGAGCGACCCGUGAGUAGGAACAGCGAGGGAGAGAGGCAGGCACAUGUGGAAGUGAAAAACGCAAAGAAAGGGCAGAAAGAGACGCAGGACGGACUGCUGAAGCAGAAGACGCCUAAGGAUUUGGCAAUCGAGGAUAUCUGCGUGGCGGCGAAGCAGAUGCGACGACUGAAGAGAGAACAAGAAGAAGGCCUGAGGAAUUGCGGCGGCGACAAGAUCUCUCGUACCAGGCCGGAGAACGAAUUCAUUUCGCAAACGAUCGACACACUUACCAGGUGUUCUAACGCGUUCCGCUGUCUGUACUGCGUCUGCAGCUUUGCCGCAUCGGAAGACGCAUGUGGUUCACAGACGGCUUCUGAGGACCAUUGUGAGGCGUUUGCAGGGACCUCUGAUUUGUCUGCUUUGAGGGAAGAAGCUGCCGUUCUGUCUCUGUCGGAGACCUGCGAUGCCUCCGCUGCUGCAUUGCUCUCCCUCUUCCCUGACAUCAUGGCAGGAGAGGCGUUUUCGCCGUCCAUCAGAGCUUUUGCAGCCAGCGACGAAUUGCCCAAAUCCGCACGGGAUGCGAACUCGAAGGCGCCAGGAACACCCACAACGGGCAGAGACACAGAAGAGACACGUUCGGAAAAGGAGACGAAGCUGAGAGAGAUGAAAUCCCUUCUGCUCGGACUCCUUCACUUAUUCUCCCUUCAGUCGUCGUCUCGAAGGAAACUUGUUGAGCACUUACAGAGGCGCCGAGAACUCGACUCGUUUUUGCUCACUCUGCUGUCUCUGAUGCAUGAGGAAAGCUGUGAAAAGACGAGUCCCUGGGGGUCUUCUUUCUCGCCUCCAUUGCUCCCCUCAGAAAAUGACAGUCACAAAGUAUCGAGGCCUGCCCUGCAGCAUGCGCGCCAGGCUCGCAAAGAGGCUGGGAGUCUUUUCUGCAAUUUGCUGCUCGAGCGCUCUGUCCGAGAUGCCCUCUCUGGGCGGGCAUCCAGCGUUUCCUGCGGCGAGAACGCGUCGAAGACAGCCAGGAGCACGAGCGUCAAGAAAGCAGGGGAGAAGAAGCAACAAGAGAAAGAGAGAAAAGACACGUAUCAGGACGAGACGUGGGAGACUUUCCAGAUGAUGUGGCAGAUUGUUGUAUCCCGAGUUGCCGCCUUGAAGCGACGCUGUGCCGUUUUGGCAAAACUGAACGAGCGUCUAUCAGGCGCAUGCAGCAGCGGCGAAACAGAAGAGACGGGACGAGAAAGAGGAAAACGGCUUUCUCAGGAAUUCGCUUUGCUUCUGAAAGAUCUGACAGCGUUUGAAGGACGCGCCAAUAACGGAGAGACCUGCCUCACUCACGCGCGCCGCAAAGUAGAGCGGAUUCUCUCUACCACAAAACAGGGAGCCGGAAAGGCGAAAGUGACAGAACAGGAGAGAGAGGAAAGUGAGGCGGUCUUGGAGUUCUUCCUCGAACUCCUACACGAAGCAAAUGGAGAAACACCGCUGGGACACCUUCGAGGUAUUAUCUCUCAAGCAGCUGAGACAGAGCGAGAAGAUUCAGCUGCGGUCGAUGUGCAACAGUGUAUCUCCAUUUUGACAAAUCUCUCCCGGUGCUCCACUCUGCGGAUCCUGAUUCUCAGAAAUCUUCACGAGACCCUUCUGCAACUUGUCCCGUUGCUGCAUGCAAACUCGCUUUCCCCCAGCUCGUGCCCAGAUUCUCUUUCUUCUGUUGCUUCGCUCUCUUGCUCGUCGCUUCUGUUCUCUGUGGGGAAACUCCCUACUGCAGAGUUUCUUGGGCUACUGGUGAACUUGACGUCGUCCAGUGCCGGUGUGGAGGCGCGACAUGAAACAGAAAUCGCAAGGCGUCAGAGUGAGUUCCUCCGCGACGAGCGUCUUGUCAGUUUCCUUCUUGCCUGUCUCCCUGGGGAACGGAAGGAAGCACAACGAAGACGGAGAGGGGAUCAGGAAGCUGAACUCGUGACCAUCCGAAGCCUCACCCUCAUGUGUCGCAUGGUUGUCGCCCUUGCCACAACCGAGGCAAAUCAAAUACACACGCCAAACCGCGUACACGGGAUUUGUUCUCCCCCUCUUUCUCCCCGCUCUUGUUCGAGCAACGCUCCUGACAGCUCUUUGCGUUCUUCCCUUUCUCCAUCUCGUGUUUCUCCUUGUUUAUCUGUUGAGGAAGUGACACGCAGCUUGCUUCCUUCUCUCGGCGACCUGCUUGGGCGUUGGCAGAAGAACGCGGUGAAAAGAAAGAGGGAAUUCGAGGCUAAACAGGACGCAUGCACCAUUGACCAGAAGACAAGUACUGCAGUUCAGCUCUUGUGCGUGCUGACACAAAGGACGCCUUUCCUCGCUAUGGUGGCACGCGCUGAGGCUGCUUGCCGGAGGGCAGAAAGUGGGUUCGAAAACAGGGAAGAAAGAGGAGAGAGAAGUGGAACAGACUGUACAGAGGAGAAGAGCGAGGAAGAGAAAGAAGAGGGUAGAGGUGGAGAAGAGAAGGCGCAGCGUCUCUGCGGUGAAGAAAAAGAUCGUAGUGGACAGAGAGCUGCGAUGGGAGAGCAGCAAGGAGACAAAGAAACAGAGAGAAUCACAGAUGGGAAGACAACAGACAUGUUGCAGGCAUAUAGGAGAGAGGAGGCAAGAAAAGCACACAUGGCACACAACACUUUCGGACUGACAAACCUGGUGCAGUGGGUUUGUGAGAUACUGAAGGCCGCAACACCUAAAGGAUAUGCAAAGGAUGCUGAGGAGAUGAAAACACCAACAGCUUUGGUUCGAGGGAAUCUUCUUCUUUUUCUGGGCCUUGCCGCUAAAGCGCAACUCGCAGCAAUUUCUCGAAAUGUUCAACGAGAGGGAGACAAACCUAGAAGAAGAGAGACGGUAAACAUCACCGGAAGAGUCGAGACAGCUGAGAAGACAACCACAACGGGAGGGAACACAUACGAUGCAAAAGAAAGAACAGAAAGGGAGGACGACGACAAAGAAGGGUCUGACAGGGUUCUAGAAGACAUGGACUUAAGUGCAGGGAUUUUCUGUUGCAUAGAAGCACUGAGGAAAGACGUGAGCGGACCACAACGUAAUGCAGCUGUGACUCUAGCUGCCCUGGCGCAGAUUACGAAAUACAAACCAGCUAUCAUUGCUCUAAAGGGAAUGGAAAGCCUAAUGCAAAUUGCAGGACCCCUGCUACUAAAGAACCAUUAA